UAAUAUCAGCAAAAUAUACACACCAACAGGAAAAAAAUAAAAAAAAAAAGAAAAAAAAAAAAGUUAUGGAAGUAGAGGUAAUCUCCAAAGAGAUUGUUAAACCUUCUUCUCCAACCCCACAUCAUCUUCGCCAUUACCAGCUCUCCUUCCUCGAUCAAUUAGCUCCCGCAGUCUAUAACCCUCUAGUCCUCUUCUAUUCAUUCAAUAAGGACUCCAACCCUACCAUAACUGAAAUAUCCAACCACCUCAAAACUUCUCUAUCAAACGUCUUAACCCUUUUCUACCCACUGGCCGGACGUGUCAGAGACAACCUCUUCGUAGAUUGCUCCGACGACGGCAUUCCGUACUUCGAAACUCGAGUCAAAAGCAGGCUCACCGACGUUACCACGAAUCCGGUCCCCGGCGAAAUCAACAAGUUCCUACCAUUUCAACCCGAUGAAGUUGCCGAAUUCGGACUUGGCGUCCAGCUCAACAUAUUCCAAUGCGGAGGCAUUGGAAUCGGUGUUUGCAUUUCUCACAAGCUUGGUGAUGCAUUUUCUUUUUUCAUGUUCAUAAAAACCUGGUCGGCCAUUGCACAUGGAGAUCAACCAGAUUACAUAGUCCGUCCUGAAUUUGUUUCGGCCACUCUGUUUCCUCCGAAAGAUACAACCGGGUUCGAUUCGCGAAUGGGUAUCACGAAGAAGAAUAUAGUGUCAAAGAGGUUUGUGUUCGAUGCUUCUGCGAUAGAGACACUCCGAGCAAAAUACGAGGAAAAAUUAGGAUGUCGAGCUUCGAGGGUCGAGGCGCUGUCCACUUUCAUAUGGACACGUUUUGUUGACUCUAACAAAGAUGAACCAGGACCAAAGUUGUACAACAUGCUACAUUCAGUCAACCUUCGUCCGAGAUUCGAACCGCCUUUGCCGGAAAAUUCUUUCGGGAAUAUUUUCCGGAUCGCGGUGACAGCUCCGACGUACUUGAGUUCCGGGGAGGAGUGUUAUGGUCUUGCUAGGGAGGUAAGAGAGGAAAUAAGGAAGAUUGACAAGGAAUAUGUGAAGAAACUGCAACAAUAUGGUGAUGAACACUUAGAUUUCAUGAAGAAAGGAGGUGAAAAAUUCAUGAGAGAUGAGUUGAUGACGUUUAGCUUCACUAGUUUGUGCAGAUUUCCUGUUUACGAAGCUGAUUUCGGAUGGGGGAAGCCGAUGUGGAUUGGUUCACCAGCCUUGACUUUCAAGAACCUAGUAGUUUUUAUGGAUACCAAAAUUGGCGAUGGAAUUGAAGCUUAUAUUAGCUUGAAGGAGGAACAUAUGGCUAAACUUGAAGGUGACCAAGAGUUCCUCACAUUUGUUUCUCCACCACUACUACUUGGGUGAUCAGGAAAGUGUUUGGAGGUGUUUGUUGCUAAAUGCUUUUAGUGUACCCAAAAAAAAAAUAAAUGAUGCUUAUAAUACCCUGCUGGUCUAUCUGUUGUUACUUUGCACUUCUGUAAAUUAAAUUUGUUUGCAUGCAACUUCUCGUUAAAAUAAUUCUGUGUUACUUGAUACUAAUGUUCAUAUUGAAAGAAAAAAAAUUGUUUGCAACUUCAAUUCAAGAA